UGGUACCGGAAAUAAAAGCAGCUAGCGAAUUUGGAUUUCUUUUGACAGCUCUUUUCCAUCAUAAGUAUGGCUCCGAAGAAACCAUCUGAGAAGUCCGCGGGCCAACCGGCCGAAAAGAAAGAGAAGAAACCAGCAUCUGCUGCUGGCUCCUCGGCAUCUGGUGAUAAGCCAGCAGCCGAGAAAAAACCAGCUCCGGAAAAAAAGUCUGCAGCUGAGAAAAAACCUGCCGCUGAGAAGAAACCAGCAGCGGAGAAGAAGCCUGCUCCAGAAAAGAAGGCAGCAGAAAAGCGCCCUGCCCCAGCCGAAACUAAAGCACCGGCACCUGAGAAAAAGAAGGCUACCGAGAGCAAGAAGACCCCGGCCGCUGCUCCGAAAACCGAACCUAAGAAGGAGGCCAAAAAGGGAGCUGCCGGUCCUGCUGCUGGUGGAACUGCCAAAAAACCUGCCUCCGCCGGUGCAGCUGCUGCUGGUGGGGCUGCCAAGAAGCCUGCCGCUGCCGCUACUGCUGCUGCUUCCGGGGCAGCUAAAAAACCUGCUGCGGCCGCGAAAAAAUCAACAGCCGCAACCGCAGCUACUGCGAAGAAAGCUGCUGAUGCCGCUGCCAAGGCCAAGAAGACGGCUGCUGGGGACAAGAAGGCAGCCGCGAAGAAGCCAGCAGUCAAGAAACCAGCUGCAAAGAAGGGAGCACCGGCUGCCAAGAAACCAGGUACCGCUGCGGCCAAGAAGCCGGCAGCCCCUGGCAAGAAGUCGGCGACUGGCAAGAAACCUGUGGCUGGAAAGGGAGCUGCUGGUAAGAAGCCAGUCCCCAAGAAGGCUCCUGCUACCAAGGGUGACAAGAAGGCCGUCGAGGCUAAAGUGCAGAAGGGAGCCGCUAAGGCUCGUGCUGCCGCUCUGCUAAGAGCCAAGAGAACCAAGACCAAGGUUGUCAAGGGUCCUUUCGGAACGGCACUCCGUAGAAUUCGCACUUCGGUUAAAUUCCGUCGUCCACGUACCUUGCGUCUACCGCGUAACCCGAAGUUCCCCAGGAAAUCGGUACCUACCCGUAGCCGCAUGGAUGCUUACAACAUUAUCAAGUACCCAUUGACGACAGAGGCAGCGAUGAAGAAGAUCGAGGACAACAAUACGCUAGUGUUCCUGAUUCAUCUGCGGGCCAACAAAAAUCACGUCAAGGCCGCGGUGAAGAAGCUGUAUGACAUCAAGGUAUCCAAGAUCAACACCUUGGUACGACCGGACGGCAAGAAGAAGGCUUACGUGCGGUUGGCUCGUGACUACGACGCGCUGGAUAUCGCCAACAAGAUCGGAAUCAUUUAAACCGGCAAACUUUCGGUUUAUCUGCUUAAUAUCUUAUUUUGUUUCUACUCGUAAGUCAUCCUGCUGAAGAAAACACGAUUGGGGAAUGCGUGGAAUAUUCCAAAAUUUAGGAGAGAAUGUGAGUGCCAGUAAUCAGAGUUCUGUGCACGAUGCGAGGAAAUAUAAAGUCUGCAAAAAUA